CUUAUUUUGUUUAGAAUAAAUAUAAAAGUAAAUCUAGGUUUUGUUGAAUGGGCACAGAUAGCGAUGGCUUUCUUACUGCAGCCAAGAGUCGCGCGCAUCUGUGCGUGACGUCAGUGUGUCAUGUACUGGAAAGGGGUCUAUAAGAAACAAUAACUGGCGAAUUCAGACUGGAUGGUUUUAAAACAGUGUUCGAGUCUCUUGUCUUUAUGUAUCAUUUUGCUGCCAAGAAAAAAAACAUUUUGUUUAGCCUGCUUCAUCGGUUAACGUCACAGCUCUUUCCUCAUUCGAGUGUGGCGGCGGCGGUCAGAAUCUGAAGAAAGAUGAGCUAACGUUUUCCAGAGGCGGGCGGACAGCGAAAUUGCGUGUGUGCCUGAUUGUGGAGCAGUUUGGUAGGCAAGUCUUCGCUGGGUUCCAGGACAAGGCGGAUGGUGGUAUCCGUUUCUCGAUGCUAGGUAUGGAUGAAUUUGUCACCGAUGAGGAAGAGCCAUGGUACGACCAGCAAGAUCUCGAAUCUGACCUCCAUCUGGCAGCAGAGCUUGGGAAGACUCUGUUGGAGAGGAACAAAGAGCUGGAGGAUUCUCUACAGCAGAUAUACAUCACCAAUGAGGAACAGGUGCAGGAAAUCGAGUACCUGGCCAAGCAGCUGGAGGUGCUGAGGGCUAUGAAUGAGCAGCAUGCUAAGGUGUACGAGCAGCUAGACGGGACAGCCAGAGAACUAGAGCUCACCAACCAUUCCCUAAUACUGGACAGCAAGGCCUCGCAACACAAGAUAGAGAGGUUGACAGGGACCAUCGAGACCCUGCAGACCCAGGUGGAGUCUCUCUCUGGGCAGGUGGAACAGCUCCACUCCCUGGAGCAGCUCAGGGUCCGGAGGGAGAAGAGGGAACGACGCAAGACCAUCGCCUCCUUCCCCUGCCUCAGGGAACUCUGCACUGCACCCAAGUAUGAGGAUGGGUUUGUGGUGGGCCGCUCAGACAGCUUCACCUCAGAGUCGAAGCGCCAGCCAGCAGAGGAGGAGAACGAGCGUCUGAGAGAGGCGGUGUCGGCACUGCGCUCUGCCGUGAGGGCGGAGCGGGGUCGCAGGGAGGGGGCGGAGAGAGAGUGUCACGUCCUCCUGGGGGAGUUCUCUCGUCUGGAGUCACGUGUGCUGGGUGCGGAGAGCUGCCAGGCACGGGUUCGUGAACUAGAGGCAGAGCUCCAGGAACUCCAGCAGCUCCGACGGGCGAGGACCCUCCUCCUGAGCAGCGAGGACGACGGCGUGGGCUUCACCCAGACCCUCCUCAACAACACCCCCGAAACAGACACCCUGGAGGGGGAGGGGGGAGAGGUGGGUGGAGGACGAGGGGAGCAGGGCGAGGGGGGAAGAGGCUUAGGCGGAGAGUCGUUACCUGACUCCAGCCCCGUCAGGAAGAGCUGCAGCGACACGGCGCUGAACGCCAUCGUGGCCAGGGACGCGUCCGGGAAGAGAAGAGGGAGCUACGCCAUCCACGCCAACAGCGUCCGUAAGAGAGGGAUGUCCAUCCUGAGGGAGGUGGACGAGCAGUACCACGCUCUGCUGGAGAAGUACGAGGAGCUGUUAGGGAAGUGCCGGCGCCACGAGGAGUCCCUGUGCCACGCGGGGGUGCAGACCUCGCGCCCCGUUUCCAGGGACCCCUCCAUGAAGGACUGUGCCAUGGGCCCCACCCCUGCACCCCCGCCCUCCCCCACCCAGUCCCCCUCCACCCCCGAGGCCAUGGAGAGCAUCAGUAAGCAGGUGGAGGCGGUGGAUAAACGACUGGGCCAGAACACGCCAGAGUACAAAGCUCUGUUCAAGGAGAUCUUCUCUCGUAUUCAGAAGACCAAGAUGGACAUCAAAGCUACCAAAGCUACCAAAUCCCCCAAAGCCAGCAAGUUUGGCAAGUCCAGCAAAUAAAUGAUGAUACUGGAUUGGUUUGGUAGUGCAGUGCAGUGCUUUUUCCAUGCUCAAAGCGCUUGAGAUUAGAGGAGGAACUUGCCUCAUACUCUACCGAUGUGUAGUACUCAUGAGUAGGCUUCUGUAUGGGGUCUGGUCUCCUUCUGCUUCACAAGAGGCUACUGAUGGGAGAACGGCUCAUAAUAAUGGCCGGAACGGCGCAAAUGGAAUGGCAUCAAACUACUGGAAACCAUGGAAACCAUGUGUUUGAUGUAUUUGUUACCAUUCCACUGAUUCCGCUCCAGCCAUUAGAACACUCCCGUUCUCCCCAACUAAGGAACCUCCUGUGGUCUGCUUCUUUUACUACACUGCUCAAAAAAAUUAAGGGAACACUAAAAUAACACAUCCUAGAUCUGAAUGAAUGAAAUAAU